AUGGAAAUCGAUGGGAAUGAUUAUCAAUUCACCUCUUUGACUGGUUCUCCCACGGUCGAAUAUGGACAAAGCACUGACUGCAAUGGCGAAUCUUUUCGGAACCCCUGUCCACGUUUCUCGGAAGCUGUAAUUGACACAAGAGGAACAGGGUUGAUUGUAGAUCCUACUAUAACAUGGGGUGUAAUAAGUGGCUGGUGGGCGAAAAUAGAAAAUAUUAAUCGAUCGACAGAUGGCGCUCAGAUCUCGUUUAUCUGUACUGGAUGGUGCGGCGAAUCAGGACCGAUCAUACUACAACCAUCGAAAGAAUACAUUUCGGCGACAGAUGCAAAAGCUUUGGUCUGUGAUUUAGAUAGUCCUGCUCUAAUUCUUCCUGCUAUAAUUAUUCCAUAG